AUGAUGAACUUUGAAAUAAGUACGACAAAACAAAUCGGCGUCGGCCUAACAGCGUUUGGGGUAUUCUUCAUCUUCCUCGGAAUCUUGAUGUUCCUCGAUGCAGCCUUGCUGGCGAUAGGGAAUUUGCUAUUCAUCGCGGGAAUCGUCUUUAUCAUCGGCUUCCAACGGACGAUGGUAUUUUUCUUCGAAAUGCGAAAGCUGAAGGGUAGUGCCUUAUUCUUCGGAGGCAUCCUGACCGUGUUGAUUGGCUGGCCGUUAGUCGGGAUUGUCAUCGAAUGCUGGGGCUUUAUUCUAUUAUUCGGUGGCUUCCUGCCGGGCAUCGUCAACCUGCUCAGAAGUCUUCCCUUCAUCAGCUGGAUCACCUAUCUGCCCGGAAUUCGUCAAGUUCUCGAUCGACUGGCCCCCGAACACAAGUACCCCGUA